CAAAAAUUAGAUUUGUAAAACUAAUUGCACAACCGUUGACGUCGAGGCUUCCGUAGCCAAGCACCGCGUGACCAGUCAACGCGGAAGUCAAGGGCCGCUGUAAACAUUCAUGUUGCGGGCUUGUUUGUGCAUUUGUUUUCAUUAGAACGACGCAUCGGAGCGUCUUCUCGCGUCGCGACUGCACUGUGUGCCGCGCGACUUGACAGCCCGUCGUCCAGAUUUGGAAGGCGAAAAUGUCGCGAUUGUGGAUCAAGCGUUUCCUCAUCUGCGUCACUAUCGUGAGCAGCCAGACGGGCCACAACGGAGUUUUUGCCAAAUCGUAUCGGAGACCGAACAUCCUUCUGAUCCUCACCGACGACUUAGACGUCGCCAUGGGGGGCAUGACUCCACUCAACAAGACCAAGAAACUCAUCGGUGAUGCAGGCAUCUCGUUCACAAACGCAUUUGUAGCCAGUCCGCUGUGCUGCCCCAGCCGCGCAAGCAUCCUGACGGGCAAAUACCCGCACAACCACCACGUCACCAACAACACGCUGGAGGGCAACUGCAGCAGCGGGGCUUGGCAGAAGAGUCAGGAGGCGCACACCUUCCCGGCUCUGCUCAAGAAUCUGGCCGGCUACCAGACCUUUUUCGCCGGCAAGUACCUCAACCAGUACGGCCACACGAAGGCUGGCGGCGUGGAGCACGUUCCUCUCGGCUGGAGCUACUGGGUCGGACUGGAGAAGAAUUCAAAGUACUACAAUUACACGCUGUCGGUGAACGGCAAGGCUCAGAAACAUGGGGCGGACUACAGCAAAGAUUACCUGACUGACGUGCUGGCCAACAUGUCACUGAACUUCCUGCAGUCCAAAUCUAGCUACGAGCCCUUCUUCAUGAUGGUGUCCACGCCGGCCCCCCACUCACCCUGGACGGCGGCCCCUCAGUAUCAGGACCGCUUCAAUGGGACCAAGGCGCCCAGGGAUCCCAACUUCAACGUCCACGGCAAGGACAAACACUGGCUGAUCCGACAGGCUCGGACUCCUAUGAGCAACUCGUCGGUUGGCUUCCUCGACGAUGCCUUCAAGAAGCGAUGGCGGACGUUGCUGUCGGUGGACGACCUGGUGGAGAAGAUCGUCAGCAGCUUGGAGGCCAGAGGAGAAUUAGACAACACCUACGUCUUCUUCACUUCAGAUAACGGAUACCACAUGGGUCAGUUUUCUCUCCCUCUGGACAAGCGGCAGCUGUACGAGUUUGACAUCCGCGUUCCUCUCCUGGUGCGAGGACCAAACAUCAAAGCUGGCCAGACCAGCCAGUUUCUGGUGGCCAACGUGGACCUGGGCCCGACCAUCCUGGACCUGGCGGGACUCGACGUCAGCAAGACAGAGAUGGAUGGCAGCUCCUUUCGGGCCGUGCUAGAAGGCAAAGCCAACAGCAGCUCUUGGAGGAGCGACAUCCUGGUGGAGUACGAAGGAGAAGGAAGCAAUGUUUCCGACCCCGCCUGCCCUCUGCUGGGCCCCGGAGUGUCCGAGUGCUUCCCAGACUGCGUGUGCGAGGACUCGUACAACAACACGUACGCCUGCGUGCGCACCGUGGCGCCCUCAGCCAACCUGCAGUACUGCGAGUUUGACGAUAACGAGGUGUUUGUGGAGGUCUACAACCUGACGGCGGACCCCUUCCAGCUCAGCAACAUUGCCAAGACCAUCGACCAGGAGGUCCUGGAGAAAAUGAACCAUCGGCUCAUGAUGCUGCAGUCGUGCGCGGGGCAAGCGUGCCGCACGCCCGGCGUCUACGACAAUCGCUUUAAAUUUGAGCCCCGUCAGAUGUUUGGCAGCCACAAGUGGAAGUUGAGCACGCUGCGACAGAAGAUGAAGUGAAAACGAUGACGCCACAAACUGAGGACUCCGCCCUCUUGUUGCCUUGCUUUCCUGGAUGAAGGGAUAUAGUUGCCACCCACUGGCUAAAAAAAAAAAAGAGCUGCAUUAGCAUUGAUGUGGAGUCUAACUAUGCGUUUGACAUCUGCUUUUGUGUGUGUGUGUUUGUGUGUGUCACACAAAAGUAAUCCAAAUGUCAUACAGUACAGCUCAGGAUGUCCCGAUACCAUCCUCCUGGACAUGGUUUUAUUCACCGUACACACAUUCAUAUAGACUCUAGAGUAGAUUUAUUGCAUUGUUCAGAAGUGAAAGGUAAAGUGUCACUUUUUCACUGUAAAAGAGUCCAAAGUGUUUGAAUGGACAUGUUUGCUCUCUUUUUGCGACAGAUUUUUCUUGUGAAAAGUUUGAUUCUGGAAGAUUGAAGGGGAUGCAUGUUCGGGGGAGGGCUUCUCCAAUUUUGGGGGGUCCAGUCGGGGAAGGGCCUCCUCCUCAUUGUUACACCAAUUAAACGACCCAUAAAAGUUACUUAUCCGCCACAAAAAAGUUACGAUAAGCAGUUCACUCUUUUUUGAAACAAAAAAAGUUGCAAAAUAAGGAGAAUAAAAAAG